AUUUUUGAAAUCAAUAAUGUGGGUCCUGAACCCUGGGCUUUCUGAUUGCAGUGGGUUUCAUUGUGGGUGCUGUGAAGAUGAAGUUUUACUUGCUCUUUUUUACCCUAUUCAUCUGGAUUCAAGAGAAGCGUGUCUUCACUCUUCCAAGGGAUGAGGUUUUGUGGGCUGUCCCACAAACAGAUGAACAGGUUGAAGCCCUUCAGAGUUUACUGAACACCACUGAGGUCAUCCUCUGGCAACCCGUUGUGGUUGAAUACAUCAGGAAGAACGCAGAAGUCCAUUUCUAUGUCACUGCAUCUAGCACAAACAGCAUAAAAGCUAAUUUAAGAAAACUGAGCAUCCAGCACAAAAUUUUGAUGGGAGAUGUUCAAGGACUUAUUGAAAAACAGACUAUCAAUGACACAAUGAACCCACGGAGUUCUUCAUCGUACUAUCAAAACUACCACUCUCUGAAAGAAAUAUAUUAUUGGAUGGAAGAAGUAGUGAGAGUCCAUUCUGAUCUACUUGAGAAAAUACAUAUUGGAUCAUCAUAUGAAAAACGACCACUUUAUGUUUUGAAGCUUUCUAAAGGGCAGGGAAAUCCCAAAAGUGCUAUAUGGAUUGACUGUGGUAUCCAUGCUAGAGAAUGGAUUUCUCCUGCCUUCUGCCUGUGGUUCAUAGGCCACGCAAUCCAUGUACGGGAGAGAGAUCAGACCAUGACAACACUUCUGGAGCAUUUUGAUUUCUACGUCAUGCCUGUGAUAAAUGUGGAUGGCUACGAGUACACGUGGAGCCAUCCCUCUAAUCGGCUGUGGAGAAAGAGCCGCUCAAAGCACGGUAACAGCAGGUGCAUCGGUACUGACAUGAACAGGAAUUUUGAUGCGCAGUGGUGUGGUGAAGGAGCAUCUCCCAAUGAAUGCUACGAAAUAUUCUGUGGACCCUAUCCAGAGUCUGAACCUGAGGUUAAAGCAGUGGCUCGUUUUAUCAGAGAUCACAAAGACAUCAUUAAAGCAUACAUAACAAUGCACUCUUACUCCCAGUUGGUAUUGUUCCCAUAUUCUUACACCAUGAAGAAAAGCAAAGACCAUGAUGAACUGGAAAGUCUGGCAAAGAAAGCAGCUAAAGCUAUAAAGAGAACAACAAAGAAAAUUUAUAACCUUGGUACUGGUGCACAAACGAUUUAUUUAGCUCCUGGAGGUUCAGAUGACUGGGCUUAUGAUCUUGGAAUUAAAUAUUCUUUUACUAUUGAGCUUCGGGACACAGGAACUUAUGGAUUUUUGCUUCCUCCUGAAGAAAUUAGGCCAACUUGCUUAGAAGCACUUUCUGCUGUCAAAGAGAUCGCUCAACAUGUUCUUCAAAAUUUGUAAAGUUUAAUAUAAUUUAUUCCAGCAUGAUUAUAGUUAGUUAGGUCACAUAACAAUAAAAAACACUGAUGCUUU